UUCUGCUGUAUAUCCAAUUCUAAGUAAGAAACCUAUCAAAAGAUUGUUCGUAAAACUUUAACUGACAUUUCGGCAAAAGAUCCUACUUCUAUAUACAGAUUUAUUCGUCUUUUUCUAAAACUGCAGCCUCCCCUUCAAGUCAGCAAAGAGAUUAAGAACUUGAACAAUGUGUGGGAGACUGUGUUGUCCGUUCCGGUCAUCGAACUCUGACAGUAAGACAGACCUCGAAGACGACCUGACCCGGAUCCUGAUCUUUGGCGUGACGGGCAUGAUAGGUAGCGCGGUAAUGGAGGCGACUCUCAGCUGUGCCUGGUUCAAGAUCACUGGCUUCACCAGGGCCAGGGACGGCGAGAUCUUGGACGAGUUGGUCUCCAAAGGAAUCGACGUGAUCUCUGGAGACAUGAAGGAUCCAAAUUCUUUGCUUGUGGCGAUGCAGGAGAUCGAUGUUAUCUUUCUCACAACUCACUACUGGGAGACCAUGAGUUCGGAGAAUGAGUACAUACAGGUGGGCGGGGCUUCUUUUGUCUUAAACGCUGGUUGGUUGAUUUCAAGGUGUUGUUGUUGUUCUAGUUAUUUUGAUCGCGUGGUAGCGUGAUGAUUGAUGUGCUUGAAUGUUUGGUUAACUGAUAGAAAGA